AUGGAGUCUACCGAAACCGACCUGCCUCGAUCGUCGAGUGAGGAGGAGGAGGAUGACGAAGACGAAGUAGAUGAUGACGACGUCGAGGAGGAGGAAGAAGAAGAGGAUGAUGAUGAUGACCACAUCAUCAAUGCUCCACUACCUGCCGCACGCAAAGUGCUAAACGUCCCAAACAAGGUGGACGAUGACGAUGAUGAUGACGACGACGAUGAUGACAGUGAAGAGGACGAGGAAGAUGAGGACGACUCUGACUCGGACGAAGACAUGCACGAGCCCCAGUCCGUCCCUCAUAUUACGCUCGCCCCAGAGCCGCCAACAGACCGCACAACGCUGGUUGUUGCCAACUUUACCGUUGAGGAGCUCUCCGAUUUUGACCCCAUGGAUGACAAUCGUGUCGGCGUCAUUCCUCCAACAAGCUUCGAGUACCCCGAAUCAGACCGCUCGCGGUCCCGCUCUCGCGGCGCUGGCAGCUCGACAAGCGAUGUCUCAGCCCCCAAGAACCACACCCAUCUCCCGCACCGACCCCGCCCGUACCCAGACCUAGACAUCAACAUGAUGCAGCACCUCCAAAACCUCAACUGCAGCGGCUCGGAUGACGGUGAGGAAGAGGAUGAUCUCUUCGACGCCUCUGACGAUGCGGCACACAAAGAAUUUGUCCUCGCGCAGCGUGCUCUCAAGAUGCGCAAGCGCCGCUCCCACGGCAGCUCCAUCGGCAAGCGCACGCACUCGGAGCGCAGCGAUAGCGAUGGAAAAGAAGACUUGCCCGACACGCCGUGGGAUGCUGUCGGCGCGAGUGCGCGCAGGCUGAGGCGCCGCGUGGGCGACCGGCGAAGCCUGCAGUUUCAGGACCCGCCGCCCCGAGAGGAUCGAGGAGCUCGAGGGAGCCCGACAGCUGCAGAGGAGGGACGAGGCCGUCUGAUGAGGGGCUUCGGCAUGCUGUUUGGGGACGGAGAGACGCUGGCGCGCGAGCUGCCAUAUUAUGCGAUGGAGAUUAUGGAGAUGGACGAGGAUGAGUAG